AUGGCGCAAACCAGUAGUCCGAUACCGAUCCACGGUUAUGGACAUGGACACGGAAAGAUAACAAAAUCACGAAGCCGACCAGCUGUAAAGCCAAUCCUCAAGAAACUACAGUCGCAUCAUUCGCAUUCAGAAAAGAAUUCUCUCGAUUUGGAUCGCGGUUGGGAUGAGCAAGGUCAAUUUGGUUAUUCCUCGUAUAAUGUGGAUGGCGACGACUCGUCUUACACGGCAGGUGCCUCAGCACUGCCAACACCUGCCGGCAGAGUCCGCGAUGUCAGUUUUUCUGUAUCGGCCACUGAACUCAGCAGCGGAGGCAAGCGUUCAACUAAAUAUUCUCAUGCGCGUUCGACAAGCGGCACUUCCCACGCUUCGCAUGCUUCUGUAGCUACUUCUACCAGUGGCGGCCGCAACGGAUCAUUUGUCCAUCCUUUUCAACAAACACCACGAACCUCGACGCCUCCUCUCUCCUACGCCAACUCCCUCGCCUCGCUUGACAAUACCAGCGGCCCUCGCGAUUGCUCACCUACAAUUACCGAGAACGAAGACGACGUCGAUUUUGAACCUGCAAACCUUCAAUCUUCCGCUCGUGCAUAUCCUCUGCAGCACUCAGCACCUCACCCCCGCCGUCCUUCGCUUGCAAGUCAGCGCACCAGCUCGCUAUCUGACGUGAACCCUGUGCGCAUCACUGCACACGGCCGUACUUCCUCUGGAAUUUCUUCAAGAAAACCCCAUAGUAUCGUAACUCGCAGCCGUUCCGACCUGCACCUUAACACAGGAUCUACAACGGCAAUCGACUCUGCAUCGAGCGCCAGCCCACCAUCUGGCUCUUGGGUUUCCCCCCAGAUGAUCGCCGCAUCUACUUCUUCAAAUGCUAUGUCCCCUCUCCGCAGCUCUCUCGACAUGAGUGGUUUCCGUAUCCGCUCGCGCAGCGAGGUCGACACUGCUACUCGCCAGGAGAACGUCCGCGAAGCUCGUCGCAAGUUUGAGGAGAAGGAAAAGGCCAAGGAAGAGAAGUAUGCUCGUGAGCAGAUUCGCAAGCAGGAGCGCGCAGAGAGUCGCGAAGCUCAUCGCUUCACCAAGAAUGGUCGCAAGAGCAGUUUUGCAACAUCUCGCAUGUCGUGCGAUCGAAUGUCCACUAGCAUUGACAUUCGACCCACCAUCUCCCGCAAGACGACAGGCAACGGCAACGGUACCGUUGGCUUGGGGCUCACCACCGAGAACGAAAAGGUAGAGUUCGCCGCCUCAAGCUACGAUACUGCGCACAGAGGUACGACGCCUGGCUCCCGAGCCGACGACGUGCACUUUCAGUCAACUCACCGAACCAACACUGCCAAGCGAAAAACGAACAGUGCAUGGACUGCCUUUAUUUUGUGGUUGAGAACGCGACUGCUCAAGCUUGGUCGACGAUAG